GGACGCUCUCCUAAAAAGCCCGAGCCACCUUUCAAAUCACUCCACGAGUUUCACUCAACUAUGAGACUUCCUUCACCGCUUAAUUAGAAUUUGGCAACAUUCCAUUCUUCCAAUACCUUGAUCAUCAUCACAAUCCCCAAGGGUUCCAAGCAAUUUUUUUUUUUUUUCUCUGAUCUAAAGCUGUUGUUCUUUUUUGACAUCGAAACAAUCGGGCUAUAGGUAAUCUUUAGUGUGGAUUGGAAACUUCUCAACCGCAUUAAUCAUGGCUUAUGAAGACCGCAAUAAUUCAAUAUUUGAACGGAUUUAUCGAUGUUACCCUGUCUCUUUCAUUGAGAAGGAACAUUUGGAAAAGGGAGAUAAAAUUAUUAUGCCUCCCUCAGCUCUUGAUCGCCUUGCAUCUUUAGACAUAGAGUACCCUAUGUUAUUUGAACUUAGAAAUACUUCUACUGGACGAGUUAGUCAUUGUGGAGUCCUAGAAUUUGUUGCUGAUGAGGGACUGAUAUAUUUACCAUGCUGGAUGAUGGAAAACAUGCUCCUACAAGAGGGAGACGUAGUGCAAGUGAAGAAUGCCAGCCUAGCAAAGGGAACAUACAUGAAGCUGCAGCCCCACACCAAGGACUUCUUAGAUAUCUCCAACCCCAAAGCCAUGUUGGAAAGAUCAUUAAGGGGCUACUCUUGUUUAACCACCGGUGAUACCAUCGUGGUUGCUUAUAACAAUAAAAAGUAUUACAUUGAUAUAAUUGAAACAAAACCCUCGUCUGCAGUCAGUAUCAUUGAAACGGACUGCAAGGUUGACUUUGCCGCUCCUCUUGAUUAUAAAGAACCUGAAAAGCCAGCACCAUCAGCUCUGUUGAACAAGAGAGAACCAGAAGUUGAAGACGAGCCAGCCAAAAAGAUGGCCAAGACCAGCCCAUUCACUGGUUCUGCGAGACGUUUGGAUGGAAAACCCUUGACACAAUCAGCUGCACCAGCUUCUUCUCCCAUGCUUAAGCAGCACCAACCAGAGGGUCAAACUGGAACCAAGUAUUCUAAGUCAUCAAGUCCUGCCUCACAUCAACCCUCUGGAAGGCUUGUGUUUGGUUCAAAUGCAAACAAACCUGAAAAGGAAGCACCAAAAGUUGCCCCAAAGAACAGCAAUCAAGAGCCGCCACAGAAGAAGAUGGAAGAGCCAAAGUUUCAAGCAUUCACGGGGAAAAAGUAUUCACUGAAAGGCUAAUCAUUGUAAAGCUUUUAAUAGAUAGGAGAUAGAAUGAAGUCAUUUUGGCAAGGGAGGAUCCUAAAUUCCUAACCCUGCAGGUGGUCUGCAUUAGCUUAUAGUCAUUAUAUAUUUGGGUUUUUUAUAAACCCAAAAUUAAUGAUCUAGAAUUGGUAUGAAGCCCUGACAAUUCAGACGGUAUAUUUCCUGACUCAUUUUAGUAUAUAAAUAAAAUUUUAUAUUAAAGUUGAAAAAUUGUAGUUCUUUAAAU